AUGGAACAGGAACCCCUCCAACCGCGGCAAGGAGACUUGAACUGGCGUCUCAGCGCCCAUCCGGUCACCUUGUUGUGUUUCUUGGGCAUUCGCCUGAGCGCGCUGUUGAUGUACCUCUUUGGUAUUCUCUUCAUCAAGCAUUUCAUUCUGGUCUUCAUCAUCACCUUGCUCCUCCUCGCGGCUGAUUUCUACUACCUGAAGAACAUUGCGGGACGUCGACUGGUAGGACUCCGCUGGUGGAACGAAGUGAAUACGACUACGGGAGACUCGCACUGGGUCUUCGAAUCCUCCGAUCCGAACACGCGCACCAUCACGGCCACUGAUAAGCGGUUCUUCUGGUUGAGUCUCUACGUUACGCCCGCCUUUUGGAUUGGACUGGCCAUUCUGGCCGUUAUCCAACUGAGCGUGAUCUGGUUGAGCCUUGUCGUCAUCGCCCUUGUUCUGACCAUUACCAACACGGUGGCUUUCUCGCGGUGUGAUCGCUUCAGCCAGGCGUCGACUUUUGCCAACCGCGCUCUGUCGGGUGGCAUCGUUACUUGUAUCUGUAUCUUCGAGGGGCUUGGCGGCUUUGGUCUGACUGGCGCUACAAUCAUGACCACAUGGCGCACAUUAUAG